AUGAAGCCGUCCGUCAGCCAGAUCGCAAGGCCACGGCUCGUGUCUCUCGGUGGGAUCAGAUGUCACACCUCCAGCAGGAUAUCGUUAGCACCGACAGCUCUCCAUCGAGCAGAAAAGGCAUCCGAUAUCAAGGCCCAUCCGGAAAGCGCUCUUACCCAGGAAAAGCUGCCGGACAAGCCCGGUAAUCGGCAUUGGACUGAGGAGAAUGCCACCCCGAGCGAAGCCGAUAUCAAAGCCGACCGCGAGGCGAGGCUGGAGGAAUCAUUGGCAAAGGGGCAAGUCAAGAAAGUCCAAAGCAGCGACGCUUCGAUGUCGUGGCAUGACCUGUUGAUAAAAUCGAAACUCGGCGUCAACCUGCAGCUCUAA